GCUUUGAGAAGAACAUUGGAUGAACACCCUUCUCCCAGAAAGCAAAGACCCUUCCUUCAUCUGAAGGCUUGAAAUUUAAACCGUCGUGCCAAAUUGGACGAAUGGAUUCAUUUGAAUGCCCCUGCUUGAGAUCAAUAGUCAAGAGCCACGGACGGCAUACGACUACUAGCACAUUGUAGAGCUAUUAAGUAGUCUGGGCAGUGGAAGCCAAUGACAAUUGCUUCCCGGCAGCACCUUCCUCCCUCACCGAACUCACUUGGUUCUUCCGCAUCACGAUUCGAGACUCACGAUUCACGUUUUUGCUCUCUCUUGCCGGCUCCUCGCACGACUUGAUCGAAUGAGGAAAUCGAUGGGUCAAGGUCAUUCAUGGUCAUGGUAGCUUCUUUCCUCUUCAGCCCCAGAUUACUAAGUUUGGCCAUUUGGGUAGGAAGUGAGGAAUGCUCUGGACUGAUUUGGGUCGCUGCUCCUUGCUCUCCUGUCUAGGUAUCGGGGCGUCGAGGGAAACAGAGACAGAGACAGAGAGACAGAGACAGAGAGACAGAGAAACAGAGAGACAGAGAGACAGGCACGCCACACCGGCCUACCUGCGCCACAGCAACUCACCUCCCUAUCUGCCUCCCGAGGUGGUGUUGUGUGUUUUGCACAAUUUGCACCUCAAAGACAGAGGGAAUCACUCCAUAAGAAAUCAUAACAUUAAUUCCUUUUUCGAAACCUUAAGGAUAUGGACAUUUCACGCCAAAAAGCAACUCCACCCCGGGUCACAAUAUAUAAUGGAAUGGUCCCGUCGUCGGACACGCUCACUCAUUUAGAUUGGGGGAAUUAAACUUUCGUCUUAAUUUUUAAUCUUCCCACUUUCCACUUUCCACUUUUUAAACUAUUUACAUCGCCACAAGGAUUAUACCAGUGGCCCUCUCUUGAUUCGUCAAUUCGCCAGCUGUGCCCAAGAAUUUCACCCUAGACUCCCGAUACUCCCAGGAUUCGUCAUGUCGACGAAGUCAUCAGGAUUUGGAGAUCAAUCACAUUUACCACAACCCCUCCAAAGAAAAGGUCGUGCGUAUGGUCCUGGUGUGCGGACUAUUAUAGGCGUUGAACGUAGCGGUUCUGUUAUUGGUGGGAACGGGGAUGGAUCUGGCAAUGGCUUUGGCAAUGGAAAUGCAAAUGCAACUGGAAAUCGGAAUGGAAGUACUCCUCGUCUAAGGCCGCCUCCAAUUCUGUCUUUGGUAUGUCAUAAAACUACUCACAUCAGUCUGUGCAAUUCUCCUGUCUUUUUUCUCUCUCCCUCGCGGUGCAAUUCCAAUUUUGUAUAUCUUUCUCAUUUCGACCAUUGGAAUAGACACACAGGCAUAUACAUAUCUUCACCAUACUCAAAAUCGGGGGACAUCUCCUUUGCUAGUUGCAUAGAUGUGGAAACACUUGAAGCAGAAGAGAAGGAACAGCCUUCAGGAUACAUCCCAUUUUCCUCACCCUAAUCAAUCGACAUCUACCACGUCUGCGGAAAUGAACAUGCAAGGUUUAGCGGAUCGUCGUAAAGGAGCACUUACUUAUGCAAAAAAUCCCGGCUUUACACUCCCCACCAAAAUCGACGAAGCAAGUACAGGAGAAGAAGAAGAAGAAGGCGGUGCGGAAGUGAACGACAUACCAUUUUACAAACCCUAUAGGCCAGGUUUGGGGGGACCCCAUUUGGCAGGGCCCUCGCAAGCAAGUCGGUCAAGAAGACAUUCAUUAGAGAGAGGAUUUGAUUCUAGCAGUCCAAGACGGGGAACUGCAUCACCCACACCCAGCAAGGCGGCAAAGAUUCUACAAGCUCAAGUUGGUAUUCCUCUGCGGACAAGUAGUAGUCUAUACAACGAAGAACACCGUGAGUCUGGAGAACAUCUACCAGAAGCAUUCGAUAUUUCAGAGAGAGAGGGGCGCACAGAAAUUAGAGAUUCAAAGCCAAACAUACUAUCUUCACCACAAUCAAUAUCUUCGCCUUCGACAAUGCGUUCGCGUUCGCGUUCUCGAGGUGGCUCCGUGUCGUCAUAUCAAACUAAUGCGACAUCUUUACCAGCACUGCAAAAGACAGGAGUUCUAGAAGAUGGAGAAGUGUUGGAACCAUUAAAUGAAGAAGAUAUUGAUCCUGGAUCUUUUGACCUUGUGGCGGCAACUGAGACUGGAGGCAAACGAUAUUCUCUAGAAACAAGAUCAGAACAGCUCUUUUCGACAGAGCAUCUACGAAUAAUCUUCAGUGAUCCUUCACUACUUUUAAGAUUUACUUCUUUUCUAGGCGCACAUAGACCUUCUUCAAUUCCUAUACUCAUAUAUUACCUAGAUGCUGUUAAAGCACUCAAGGCUAUUUCAUAUUCAAAUGCAAUUGCGGAAGCUCUGGAACCAAUUCCGGGUUUUGAUUUUACUGCGACCGCAGCCUCUAAGACAAUGAGCAGUGUGUUAGAAGAAAAGGCGGCAAAGGCUUUCGAUGUUUUAGUUCGAGAGGAUCUCCCUGCUUAUAUUACAUGGGCAUACAUACAGACCGUCAGUAUAUCGAUCCAGAGACGAAUCACUGGAACUUUACCAGCGCAUCUGAGAGAGGCAUCUGAGGGCUUAGCUGAGGUUUUUUGUUUAACUGAUCCAUCUCGUCCGGAUAACCCUAUUGUUUUUGCUUCUGAGGAAUUCCACCGAACCACACAGUAUGGUAUGAGUUAUGUUCUUGGCAGGAAUUGUAGAUUCUUGCAAGGACCAAAAACAAACCCGUUCAGUGUGAGGAGAAUUCGAGAGAAGAUUGAGGCCGGCCAGGAACAUUGCGAGACUUUUCUGAAUUAUCGACGAGAUGGAUCUCCAUUUAUGAAUCUCCUAAUGUGUGCCCCACUAUGCGAUAGUCGAGGCACGAUUCGAUAUUUCAUUGGUGCGCAGGUCGACAUUUCGGGUUUAGUCAAAGAAUGCUCAGAACUAGAAUCUCUACAACGUCUUGUUGCGGCAGAUAAACUUGCCGAGGAGCGUGAAGCAGAACAAGCAGCAAAUCCCGAUGUUGAACUGGAGGAGCUCCCAGCACCGCCACCGAAAGACGAAUUCCAAGAAUUAAGCGAGAUGUUAAAUAUGCAGGAGCUGGACACAGUACGCAAGUGGGGAGGAAGAAUGCACAAAGAGACCGAGGAGGAUCACCCUGACAGCAAUUUUCAAAAGGGCAACUGGCAUAAACCAAGAUUACAUAUCAAGAGUACAAGUCCCGAAAAUCUAAACACACAACUUGGACGUGUUAGUGGAAAACUUGGCGGUAUAUAUGAGAAUUAUCUUCUUGUUCGUCCAUACCCCAGUUUGAGAGUUUUGUUUGCAAGUCCGACACUUAGGGUGCCUGGCAUUUUACAAUCGCCUUUCAUGGCAAAAAUUGGGGGCAGCAAUCGUGUUCGUGAGGAGUUAACUCAAGCUCUUGCUGAUGGAAGAGGUGUCACUGCUAAAGUACGCUGGGUAACAAAAGAUGAUUUGGAUGGUCGACCACGCUGGAUACACUGCACACCACUUAUCGGCUCUAAUGGCUUAAUUGGUGUAUGGAUGAUAGUUAUUGUCGAUGAUGAAGCUUCACAACAUAACAGCAAGAGAUAUAGACUCGCCCCAGCUGUGGAUCCAAGAUUUGGAAGAACUAUACCAUUUACGGGCAAAGCAGAGAGUAGUGCGGGAAGUAUCCGGGAUUUCUCCAUUAUCCAUAACGAUGCAUCCUCAUUUCAACCAAGAACUCCGAGAUCACACAAAAGUGUUGAUCUUGACGAUGAGGGUAGUAUGAGGAGUGGGAGUCCGUACACUUUGAGGAUUGAUUAAUCGAUCCAUCUGAAAACAUCACGAUGGGAAGCGGGGGAUCCUUGGUAUUGUUUGCUCGCGAUGUAGUUUUCUUUUGUCGUGGAGGUUUCAAGUAUCGCUAUACUACUAGCUGAACAGCUUAGGCUGAUGGACAGGACGGGAGGUGGUUUGGUUUUCUUCUUCGGGCGAUUGCGUUGCAUUUUAGCGUGUUGUUUUUCUUGUCGCACUAUUGUUAUGAAUUUGUGUUUCAAGCAUACUGUAUUACUUUUACUGUCAAGUCAUAUGGACUAUGAAGAUGAGAAGUCCUUGUUGGGGGGAAGGGGGGAAAUAAACGGAUGGGAUACGGGAAAAGGGAUGAACGGGGGAAGAAAGACAAAAGAAAGAUGAUUGAAAGGAAGAUAAAACUUAAUAUUGCAGCGAAAGGGCUGGCAUGGUUGCUUGCAAAAGGAGGAUGAACGACAUUGGCAUUGGCAUUAACAUCAGGUUGGAAUUUUUUGGCACUGGGCAUGAUGAUGCACUUAUUGCUUUGGCUAUGGCUAGAAAAUUUGCUUGGCUAGGGUGGUUGGACUGUGUAUAAAUAAUAUGAUACGAUACCGACUCAUCGUUAGGUAUCUCGUUAGAUUGAAUCUCUCGAAUACGAAUAUUAGUCCAUCGAGAGAGUUUGUUUGUUGUAUCUUGUGCGUUUGGAUAGUGAUGGUGAUAGUGAUGUUUAUGUAUAUGUAUAUGUGUAUAUGAGAAUAAGAAAUAUUUGCA